AUGUCACUGCGUUUAAUCAACAGUAUACUAUUCUUUAUUUUUCUCGUUGUUGUGAGCUGUGAAGAUGCUUCUACUGAUAUUAAUGGCUAUCCACGAGAUCAUCGACGUUUUCCAAGACAGAUUCCAGAAUCAUCUCCAAUCAAAGCUGAUGAAGAAAUACCGGUACCUAAUUUUCAAUUGGCUAGGAUAAGUCCUCAUAUUCAACCUCUCAAUUAUGAAUUAACAGUGAAAGUUCCCAUAAUGGAACAGUAUGACGGCUUUACUGCAAACUUAUUGAUGCAUUUCAAUUUGACUGAGCCAUCUGAUACUAUUUCCUUGAACUCGAAGAAUUUACAUGCCUUCCGUAACAUCAGUCUGAUUUCGUCAGUUGACAUGUUCGAUUUCUCGAUUCGAAGCGUCAGAAUCUUGAAAGAUCAUGUUGAAAUACGUUAUACACAAGUACUACAAAUUGGACAAUAUCUGCUCACUAUUGAGGAAUAUAAUGGACGUCUCAAUACAAACAGUACUUCAGGAGUUUUCAUGACUGCUGGACCAGUAGUGACAACUCACUUCCAGCCUCAAUCAGCUAGCCAACUUUUCCCCUGUAUAGACCAUCCGUCAGUCAAAGCUAUAUUCCGUAUCAGUAUUAUUCAUCCAACCAACACUGUGGCAGAAUCAAGUACGAUAAGUACAGCUGUUCAGGUAUGA